AUGAGAAUUGCUUAUGUUGAAUUUAGUACAUUUUCAUACAUAUUAGUUAACAUAGCAUUUGGGGGAAAAAAGAAAGUGGAAAAUUCGCGCGUGCGCGCGGACGCCGGAGGAUACUGCGCAGGCGCGAGUCGGGCCCCGGGCCACACAGCCGCCACCCUGGACGCCAGUGUGCUAGCCGCCAUGGACAAGGACGCGCUCAAGAAGCAGAUAGAGAACAUGAAGUACCAGGCGACCAUGGAGCGCUGGCCCCUCUCCAAGAGCAUAGCGGCGAUGCGCGAGUACGUGGAGGAGAACGAGAAGAGUGACCCCCUGAUCCACGCGCCGGACAAGAAGAACAACCCGUGGGCCGAGAAGGGCAAGUGCGUCAUCAUGUAGGGCGCGCCCUGCCGCGAGCCCUGGGACCACGACGACAGCCGCCUCCCACCCGCCGCCCCCAGCCUCCGCCCCCGACCACGACCACGACCACACCCUCCGUCUCCGGGUUCGGCAGCCUGCUACCGCCUCCCAUCUCCGGCGACUUCCUCGGGCGUGUCGUUGUCCUCGCAAACAAGUCAAAAAUGUGUUCACAUUUCACGAGACGGUCCUCGAAAUGGAGUGAGCAACAAAGGCGGACUGCUUAGAGGAAAGGGGAAUAAUGGAUACCUGCUAGUUGAAACAAUCUAUUCCGUUGAAUUUAAGGGGGUUAAUAGAUACGAGAAAUUUAUUAUUACUGCGUGGAUCUAGCCACCAACAUACAAUCAUAACGAUCAUUCUUAAAUUAUUCAAAAGCGUCUAGUAUAAGACCCGCUUCGGAAGAAAGCGGUAUUGCUUCAGAUACUUUAGUUUCAUCCAUUUCACCUACGAUCGAAUCAUCUUAUCACAGAAAUCAGCGCGAGCUAUUCAUCCAGUUUAGCACCUGUGGAAAGAAGACCAGCUCUCAUGGCAUGCGAGGGAUGCACAGUUCUCGUUUAAUCAAAGUUUCCAGCACUUUUACACGUAAGCAUACUGUUUGAUCUUAGUACUUAAACUUUAUAUACCAGAUCACUUGAGCGUAGAUAUUCGUGGUUAUACCGCGUUCACUGUAGAGUUUCACACUUAGCACUGUACCUUUAAGAACUGAUUCCAAUUAGAACUGAACUGCCAAACCGGAUGUGUGACGAAGUUAGCAACUGCUGGCUCUCGUCGAGAAUUAUAUUUUACAGCCAGUCCUAACCAGUCUCGAUCUAAUCGUAAAGAUGAUGGAAAUUAUCCAAAUAACACUAAAGAUACGGUUGCCUUACAGUGAAAUUGUCGUCUUAAGGCGAUUUCAAACCCCAUAGCGCGAACAAACACGUAGUUUUUGUAGGAUGUCUCCUACUGAACGUCAGCAGAUGUGGGAACACAGCAGUAGUCUCGGCUAAAUUGUGGGAACCUCUUUUUGAUAAAAUUCUUGUUAUAGCUUUGCAAUGCGAUUACUUUUAAGCCUUUACAAGAUUGAACUUUAGCAUUCUGUUCCAUUUGUAAAUGUUUGUUGUAUUUUCAUCAUUUGAGAUAUCAGAUUCCCAGAGCAUGAGAGUGUUUGCACUUAAAUAUCGCCACUUAAUUCCAGAUAAUUAAAUUUGUACUUCAAUUUUAAGAAAUUAAAAUAGCGUUGUAAAUGUACUUAUAAUAAAAACCAAAACAGAGUCACCAAUCCACGUCACACUUUGUGCGUUUAGUGAUAUCGAAGAUUUUCCAGUCGUUAAAGUUUCGCACGUGUAUUUACCAUUUAUUAAUGUAAGAAUAAUUUAUAUUUGAACGGUGAGCCUGCAUGAAAAGAAUAACAGAUGUUGCUGCCUGUAAGUUCUAAAAAUGUCCUUGACAGUAUUCGGAAUUCAUAAUUUACUCGUUAUCACCUUGAAAUGGCCUAAAUUUGGAAUUUUCGUAUUAAGAAGACGAUAUUUUGUAUACCGAAAUUCUCUGAAUGGAAAGGCCAGUGAGCAGAAGUCAUAACAUUGACAUUGUUGUUAAGAAACAAUGUUUUUCAGUCGUGGCAAUUGUCAUGCACGGCAGUCUGUGGGCGUAGAUCUCAGUAAUUCCAUUGCUCAGGUACUUAGAAUUUCUUCCGUAAGCAUUCAGAAAUCGAAUAUUUAAUGUUUUCUUAGUUGUUAAUGUUUAUUACAGUUUUUGAUUGCAGAAACGACGUACUCGCUUUUUCAUUUGACUAUAGGCAGAGGGAACUAGUGAAUUUAACUACUCAGAUCUAGUUACAACGCAGACCACGGACUUAUUCGACUUCUAUACCGUCAUUAACAAUGCUAGAUAGUGUUUGGUCCUAGUUAGCAAAAGUGUUCUCAAAGAAUUGUUCACUUCGCUCACUGUAGUUCUUCUAACUAAUCUAUAAUCUCCCACACUAUGAGUGGUUACUGAACUUUUCAACUCUUAUUUGUUUCAAACGUCUCUCGUAUUAAUCAUAAAAUUAUACGCAAGAGAAUAUCUCCCACAGGUUAAACAACAUCACAUGCAGUAUCUCCUCGUCUCAGAGAAGCUAUUAAGGAGUAUACAUUAAAUGUCUACUAUCAUUUGUUGUUUUCAUUGUUGUAAGAAAUAGAAUUCCCUACUGCCUCAUUACAUACUUAAAAUAUUGUGAAUGUAUUUUCAUUACGUAGUUGGUUAUUUAUUUAUUAAAUUAUUUCUGUAUUCAUAUUGUGUAACCAUCUUAUCGUGAAUUUGUACAUGUAAAUAAAGUUGUCAUUUCUUGUGACUGUAACAA